AUGUCAACAUCAGAGAACACAACAACUGCUAUCGUUCAUGAAGCCAUAAAUGAAGAAUAUGAAUACAUACAAUAUAACAAACAACUUCGCCUCAUUCGUUCAGUCAAAGACGAUAUGUACCAAAUGCAAAGUAUAAUGAAUGCUCUUCGUUCUACAAAGCAAGCAUAUCAUUGGUUUGAAAACCAACAGACAAAAGAACUUUUAGAAGAAUUUCCUCAUAUGAUUGCUUCCCUCGGAAAACCGAGGGAAGAGAUUCCGUAUGAAAAUCGCAAGAAUUUGGCUCCUGGUUUGAAAGGUUAUUAUGUUCAUAGACUUUUAGUAAACGCUGUAGCAAUGUGGGCUUCACCUCGUUAUGCUUGUUAUAUUUUCAUGAUGUUAGAUGAACUAUAUAAAGCAGAACGUGGAGAGUUGGAAAAGAAACUUCAAGCAAAAGAUGAAGUCAUUGAAUCCAAAGACAAAAGCAUACAGAAAAGAAUACCGCGUUCAGUACCAAAAGGAAAGGAAAAGAGUUAUAAGUAUAUGAUAUAUACUGAAGAGUUGGAGAAAGAAGAAGAUAAAGAUAUG